UGCUCAAAGAUGAACGCGAACGCUUACGAAGCUAUUCACAAAACGUCGUCGUACCUUCUCUACGUACAAUAAGCGGUCAGCCUAAAAUGGCACGCGUUUGUCCUUUACACUCCGACGUUCGUUCUUUCUUCAAUUACCUUCUCUUUAUCGCGGAACGAUUUUACAUCUCGUGGAAUAUACACGGACUAAAAAACGGAGACAGAAAGCUAAACGUUGACGCGAGUUAACUUGUGUGGGUUUAUACUUGGUAGAGCAAACAUGGCGAACUCGCGGAAAUUGCAGGGUGCCAAGUCCUUUUAUAACUUAGAGCUGUAGAUAUUUGUAGAUUGAUUUAGACAGAUCGUCAUGCUUGUUUCACCAACUACACGUUGAAUCAGCUAUACCUCUUAUGCGUGUACAAAACACAACACACGUGGUACAAAAUGUCUUUAUUUUCAAUAAUCGAGACUCGAUCGCUUACUCGGUGAUUAUCCGCCGCGACUAAGUACCUGUUCGCCAUACUAAACUUAGAUUAUAAUUCAGUACAGUAUAUCAGUAUAAUUGAGUACUCUGAAGCAAAACUAACGACGAAGAUAGUCGUAUUUAUUGCUCUACGAAUGGAAAACGAGUCAAUCAAAAGGAGAUUGUUGUAAAGAAUGACUCGUCGAUGGCUGAGGUUUAUCAUAGCGGUGCAGCAAUUCCGGUGUGUUUGCGCCGUGCUUUUCCGGCGUGGAAUUAUCCAGACCUGUUACAGUUGAACGCGCAAUCGGACGCUACUACAGUCGCCAACAAUACGUGUGUGUGUGUGUGCCCGACGGGACGAUACUAACCGCCACCAACACAACACUAACGCACGAUGGUAACGGAGCCGAACCGAUUCACGUCCAUCUACCACCUCGACGAGAUUAGUGGAUGGAACGCGUUGCGAUCGUGUGACGCGCAUGUCACUCAAUAUAAAAGCGGCACCAUACAACUGUCCAUCUUAAUCUCGUAGAUCGCGACCGAUUUUUAUUCGGUGUCAGUCCUCCGCAACGACGGCGCAACGUUUUCUUUCGCUAUGAUGCACGCGAGCUCGACGUGUCGAUUUUCGUUGCUACCCCUCCGUGACGGGCGUUGAAUUCGAUGAAUCGAAGGUAGAUUUUCGACGAAUCGAGGCUUCGUGUACGAGAGAACAACCGGACGCUGCCAGAUCGAACCGCUCGAAAGGGUUUUGCAUAAGUUCAAGAAGAGGACGGAAAAGAGCAGCAAAUGAAGACGAUGCUGGAAUUGGCCAGCUGCUUGGCGUUACUCGCGGCGGCGAACAGCAUCAGCGAACAGUGCACGCUUCACGAGAACACAAGGAUCACGUGCCGCUGCAUCGGAAACGAGGAAUUUUUCCUUCCCGAGGGCUACAACUACGAAAACGUGACGAGCCUGCGAAUCGCAUCCUGCACUUUCGCGAACCUCCACUUCUCCAGUUUGACGGAGGCGAAUCGAAUCGCGGAGAUAACCGUGCAGAAUAUCAGCGGAAGCUUGAUCUUCGAGCUGUUCCUGACGUCGAAGACGAUGAAACUGUUGAAGUUGACCAACAUACGGCGGAUACCAUUGAUCACACACGACACGUUCCUCAGUCUUUCCAGCAUCGAGACAGUGCGGAUCGAGGAGGUACGAAUCGAUCGUUUCGAGGAACGAUUCAUGGACAUAACGAUAAACGACUUCUCCAUGAUCAAUGUCACGAUCGAACACAUCGACGGGUUGAACUUCUCCGAGAAAGGUGGAACGUUGCGGAUCGAGAACAGCGUGUUCCAAAACGUUACGGCCUCGCUGAAUUUCGCUUAUUUCUCGAACGUGGAGAUUUUGCGUUCAAAGUUCCAUCUUCAGAAGCCUGGUCACUUGUUGAUCGAAGGGGAUCUAGUCUCCAUCGAGGACUGUGUCUUCUCGAACGCCAGCGCUAACGUGGUCGCAGCUAACAGCAUUACCAUAAACGCUACGUGUGCAGAUGGGAAAAGCUCGAUGAGACUUUCGUCGAGCAGGAUCAAGAGCGUGAACAAUCGACUGCCUACCGAAAUAGUUUACACGGGAAAUAGACGCAUCGGAGGACAGUUUCUCAAUUAUAAUAACACGGUGUGUAUCGCUGGCGAUUGCAAAUGUCCGAAGAGUAGCGGGCAGAGUUUUUCAUCUAUUACUUUUCAAUUUCUGCUACCGCUAACUCUUCUGACGUCGACGAUUUCAUAACUAUCUCGGUAGAAGUACAUCUAGCUCGCUCUCCCAUCUCAAAGUGGGUGGCAUAGACGCAACGAUUUUUCGUUUAAUAAUUUGUACAACUAUCAUGACGACAAUCGUACGAUAAAUCGUUAAGUCUAUGACCCCUGCGUU